UAAAAAUAACAACAAGAUGAGCUACAAAACUGUUGCAGAUUCAUCACAACUCAAAUUUGCCGAGAAACUUGUAAUUCUCAAUGAUCGAGCUGUUGGAAUGUUGACUAGAAUUUAUAAUAUGAAGAAAGCCUGUGCUGACCCAAAAUCGCAGCCACAAUUUCUUAACGACAAAACACUUGAAUCGGCUAUUUCUUAUAUUGUUAAACGAUUUCCUGUGAUUGAUAUUAAACGAAAUUCUACAGUUUAUUCAUCCAUUAACGAUAUGAAGGGGAAUAUUAUCAAAAAAUUGUCUUUGUAUUAUUACACAUUUGUGGAUUUGUUGGAUUUGAAGGAUGCUAUUUUGCAGCUUUUUACUGCUAUGGAUGCUAAUCAAUGCCGAUUAAAUAUUAAUCAAAAUCUCGACUUGACAACAAGCUUUUUAAAUUUGUUAGUCAAUUUUUGUUCUUUGAUGAUUCUUCUUUCACGUGUUGAGGACAGAAAAACAGUUUUGGGCCUUUAUGCAGCUGCCUAUGAUAUAUUACAUACUGGAAGUGAAACAUCUUUUCCUAGACUUGGACAAAUGAUUGUGGAUUAUGAACAACCUUUUAAGAAACUUUCUGAAGAUUUGGGGCUUUCUUAUAGAGUAAUCAGUUCUGCCCUCGAAUCAUUAAAAGAAACCUACUUUAGAAGAAAUAUCUCUGCUGAACAACAACGGGAUUCUGCUAUGAUUUCGCUUACUGCAAAUCCUCGACAUAUGUUGUAUGCUGCACAAACUAAUACUAUUGCUUGUGAGUAUAUGUCACUUGACACAAUGGAUCGUUGGAUUAUUUUCGGAGUUUCUCUUUGUCCUCGUCUCCUUUCUGAUCCUUCACUUCUCCAACUUUUUCAAAAAGCAAUGCAACACUCCUUGGCUGUUCGGUUAUUUAGAGAUGAAACUAUUUUCACAUUUUCAAUGAUUUCAACUGUUUUGGAGCCUUUAAAAAACCAAAAUAAACUUUUGAAUGAAUUGAAAGAAAUUAAUAUUUUGGCGAUUCAGACUUGGCAUUUUUUACGUAUGGCAUUAAAAGAAUUGUAUUUAUUGUUGGUAGAUGAACCUGGACUUCUUGGACCAAAAAUACUUUUUGUUUGGAUGGGUCUAUCUAUGGCUAGAGACGAAAUACAAUGGUUACUUAGACAUUAUGAUGUUUGGCAACAGUUAUUAUUACAAUAUUCUCCUGCGAAUAAAAAAGCAAUUCAAAAAAGUGGUCUUCAAAAUAUCGUUGUGGACAAUUAUUAUAUUCAAUAUAUUGCUGGUUAUGAUGCUCCUUUACUUACAGAACUUUCUCAGCGUUUUAGUGGAGGAAGUGGAUUAUCAGAAUAUGAACAAUUGUUAAUUCAUUCUUGUAUUCAGGCAUUGGCUAAUAUUUCUGAUGGAAUAGACUCUCGUGGAGUUCAUUUAGAUUGGUUUCGUUUUCAAGCAUUAACAAGUAUUGGACGUUCAACUUUUAAACUUCAAGUUCAUGCCAAUUUUGCUGUUGCAAUGAAUACAGCACUUUUUCAUCUAAAGCAUAUUGGGAAUGGUUUAGACGAAUUAUUAAGAGAAACUAGUGAUUUAAGUAUUUAUUGUUUUUACCCUCGUAUUUUCGAUUUACAUUUACGAAAUUGUUUGGAUUUUCCUCUCCAAUCACGUUUUUCUAUUACAUUUGCUCACAUUUGUGCUCAUUUUAAUAGUCCAUUACAUGAAUUAUGUCCUGAAGAGAAUGAUACAAUUAUUGAAAAAGUAUGUGCUGAUGGACAACAGCUAGUUCUUAGCACGGAACCUAGAGCUUGUGCAAAUAUGUUUGCUUUAGAAUUUCAAGGAAAAAAUGAAAUGAAAAUGCCUGGGUUUGAAAGUAUUCGCCAAUCUGGUCAACCAAUUUCCUCAAAUGAUUCAAACAAUUUAUAUCUUGGAGAACUUUGUCAAUCCUUAACAACAACAAAAGAAUUAAAUAUUUCUGGACAUAUUUUUGUUCCUCGGGAAUUUCUUUUUUGUCAAUUAGAAAAAUAUUUAAAUACUUCUCUUUUGCGUUAUAUACAUCCAAACAAUGAACAACAGCAGCAACAACCAUUAGAAUGUCCAAGAAGGCCUUCUGAAAUGUUAGCGUUUUUAAGUGCUCAAUUGAAUGCUUUACAACAUUUGGAUAUUUUUUACAAUUUUGACUUAACUCGUCUCUUUAAUGAUACACUUUUGCAACAGUCACAAAGAGAGGAUGCCCAAGGGAAUGAAACACUUGCUGAAAUUUAUUCAAAAUGGUAUUUGGAGGUUUUACUUCGAAAAGCGAGUACUUGCCAUCUUCUCUACUCUGAACAUAUGCAAUCGUUUGUUAAUAAUCCAAGUUUGGACACACCAGUUAACAACAAUAAUUCGUCUACUCAACUUUUUCGAGCUGAAAGAUUUACUGAUCCUAGAGAACUUCGUUCUCUAUCACAAAUUAUCGGCCCAUUUGGAAUUAAAUUUAUGGAAGAAAAACUUGUUUGGCAUAUUGCAAGUCAAAUUACAGAACUUUUCAAAAUUGUGCGAGAACAUAAUGAACAGUUACAUAUUGCUCGUGUUAAUUAUGAUAAACCUGAAAAACUUAAAGAGAUUGUUACUUCCUUAAGUACUUCACUAGACUCACCUGGUGGAAGCGGUCACAAAAACGAAAAACGUAGCACCAACACAACUCAUGGCAUUUCCCCAUUAGAUUCAAUGUUGCAGAGAGUUAUUAUAAUUGGUGAAAUUUGUGCUUUUCGAGAUAUGUUAUUUUCAGCAUUAAAUGAUGUUUUAAAGCAAAGGGCGCCUUUUUUAAUUAAUUCAUUAUCUUCUUUAAUUAAUUCUCCUUUGGAUGAACUACAAAAAAUUAAUAUUGGAGAAGCUUGUGCUGCUUCAGGUUUUAAAUUAGAUGUUGAUUUAGCUUUGGCAAAUGCUAUUAAACAACAGGCUAAUACAAAUGGUUUGGAUGACCCAAAUGAGCAUUACAAAAUUUCUUGUCUACUUAUUGUUUUUAUUGCCAUUUCUUUGCCUCAUUUGGCACUCAAUCCCCAAUCUUGUUAUAAAGCGUCACUCUCCGUUACCAAAAAUAAUUCUCACACAAUCACUCUUGCUGUAAAUACAAUUACUGGAGCAUUAUUUUUUCUACAUCAACGUGGAGAUACUGCUGAACGAAUGCAUGAAUUUCUAGCGGUAUUUUCUAAAUUUUUAUUUUUAUUUUUGAAUAAUUUUAAAAAUAAGUAUCGAGUAGGGAUUCGGUCUGCUUUCGCCUACUUUUGUCUUUUUUGACCCUUCCGUUUCCGUUUUUAUUUUCAAUUUUCUUCAGUUUUUCGUUUGUAACAUCCCUAGCAUAGAAUAGCUUUUUAUAGUCAAAAAUAAAUUGUUGAUCUGUUCGCGUUGUGGUUAAGUGGUUUUGUCCUUGUCUG